GGGCACCGCGCGUGAAACAGAAAGGUCUGAUGAAGAAAGUGUGACACUUUGGCACACAGCUGAACUCAGUGUGGGGUUGCUGUCUGUAUCCUGCGCACCAGUGGAGAUGUUUGGUAACUGGAGAGCGCCAAAAAGGACCUCAGCAGGUGUGAAAUUAGCCGGGGCUCGUGCAUCUACUAUAAUUUGGCACCCAUGAACUUUUCGGCCCUCCGCGCGCCGCUGCAUCUUUCCCGAGGACAAUGAAAGCGAGUGGUCGAUGCAGGACCCUUCUGUCGGUUAGCUUGAACUUCUUCGCCCUGUUUUUCUCAAUUACAGCGUUUAUAACGACUUACUGGUGCGUGGGGACCCAGAGAGUCCCCAAGCCGAAGUGCAGCAAGCUGCGGACACACCAGUGUAUAGACUACGGAGUGAACGAGACAGACCCGAACAAAGUGGUGUACAGCUGGGAGACCGGGGACGACAGGUUUCUGUUCCGACAGUUCCAUACAGGCAUCUGGUUCUCCUGCGAGGAAAAUAUCCACGAUGAAAGUGAGAGAUGCCGAAGCUUCAUCGACUUGGCCCCUGCCUCAGAGAAAGGGAUGCUCUGGCUGUCGCUGGUUUCUGAGAUGUUGUACAUUGUUCUGCUGGUGGUGGGCUUCAGCCUCAUGUGUUUAGAGCUGGUCCACUCCAGCAACGUCAUUGAUGGACUCAAGCUAAAUGCCUUUGCUGCUGUCUUCACUGUGCUCUCAGGUCUUCUCGGCAUGGUGGCUCAUGUGAUGUACACACAAGUCUUCCAGGUCACGGUCAGCCUCGGUCCACCCGAUUGGAGGCCCUACAACUGGGACUACGGCUGGUCCUUCUGCAUGGCCUGGGCGUCCUUCACCUGUUGCAUGGGCGCGUCGGUCACCACCCUCAACUCCUACACGAAGACCGUCAUCGAGUUCAGGCACAAACGCAAGACCUUCGAGCAAAGCAUCCGGGAGGAGCACGCACGUGAGGCUUUCGGAUAUUUCCGGGAGCACCCCGUGCACUCCAUCACCAAAUCUGUGGAGGUUUAUUCCAGCCAGACCCCAAAAAGCAUCAGGAGAACUCCCAUACCUGUUGACUCUCUGGACCUGAGUGACAUUGCAGCAUCUUUGGGGGAAGAACAGUGCUGAACGGGACAGGACAGUAGGCAGUGGCAUUUCUCUGAUGGAUGGAAGCACCAUUCUCCAUAUCCAGUCUGUUCAGUACGGGAUGAACAACUAACAGGAUUUCAGACUAAAUCAUUUGCUCCAUCUGAUACAUUUUAACACAGCCUUAUUUGUGAGUGUGUUGUUGGCAUUUGUAGUCACGGAGCUUCAAGUCACGUAGGAGCUACAAACUGGAACUAGUCUCAUGGAAGAUGGUGUUUUCUCUAAAUAGAGUGAGGGUUUCUCAGAUGCUAAUAGCCUUAUUAAACAUGUUUCAGUCAAUUAAUAAAUCACUGCAAAGACAGGCUGACAGUUUAACUCGUCAUACUUUACAGCAAAUGAGGUGCCUACAUCAUGUACAUUGUAAAUAAGUUGUGGUGUGUAAAUGUGCAGUAUGUUUGUACACAGAAUGGUUGUGGAAUAAAGUGUAUCUUUUUUUUUUGGAUGUUCACAAUCCGUUACAUUUAUUCUCUCAUGACGCCCAAGCAAGCAUUUGUAACACUUUUCAUUAAAAUGUGCAAACUGCAGAGAAACUUCUAACAUGACCUUUGUAGCAAAGUUUACAUUAACACUUAUAACGACACAAUAGCAAUUAGCAACAGUCUGUAUAGUAUCACUCAUUUCCAGUACAGUAUGUUAUUUUCAUUUGAUGUUUCUGCUUUGAUUGGAGGAAACUAAAUCGUCAGUGCUGUGAAAAUGUUUCUUUCAGACGAACAUGCUUGAUUAAAGUCCAUCUCCAUUCCACUA